AUGGGAUGUGCUCAAUCGAAGAUUGAUAACGAAGAGUCAGUUUCAAGAUGCAAAGACAGGAGGAACUUGAUGAAAGAAGCUGUUUCUGCUAGGAAUGCUUUCGCUUCUGGGCAUUCCGGCUACGCCAUGGCCCUCAAGAACACCGGCGCCGCCUUGAGUGACUACGCCCAUGGCGAGGUCGAAGAAAGGCACCACCUGGUGGGACCCAGUGGCAUUGGUGGUGACCCUUCUUCGGAUCAGCCACCGAAACCGCCACCGCCACCCCCCUUGAUGGAAUCACAACUCCCACCACCGCCUCCGCCUUUGCCGAACUUCUCUCCGGUCACGCCGCUUCAGCGUUCCUUGACCAUGCCGGAGUUCUCUGUCUCCAAAGUAAAUCGGAAAAUGAACAGUGUUGCCAUUGCUGAGGAUGACGAGGAAGUUGAAGAAGUUCCUGGUGAUUUGCAAAGGCGAAAAGGGCGUAGUGUGUCUCGGGAGAUUGAGGCGGAGACGCCGCAUUCACCGCUGCAAACUCCGGUCCCACCGCCGCCGCCGGAGUCGAAAGGGAUGGCGUGGGAUUAUUUCUUUAUGGUGGAGAACAUGCAUGGACCAUCAUUGAGCGAGGCUGAAGAUAUUAUUGAGGAAGAAGUUGAGAAUGUGGUUGAAAAUGAUGGUGGCGUUGAGCCGAAGACGCCGGAGAAGGUGGUGAUGCAGGGGUUUAUCACGGAGGAGGAGGAGGAGACGCCGGCGGUGGAGAAGCAAGAGAAACAGUUUAUUCAUUCGAAUACAGCGCCCCCGGGACUAAAGGGUGGGAAUAACGCUAUUAAGUUUGGGUCUAGUGUGGAUUUGUUGAAGGUUUUGGGUGAUGUUGAUGAUCAUUUCUUGAAGGCAUCAGAGAGUGCCCAAGAGGUCUCGAAGAUGCUUGAGGCAACGACAUUGCACUAUCACUCGAAUUUCGCCGAUAAUCGAGGACACAUUGACCAUGCAGCAAGGGUAAUGCGAGUUAUUACGUGGAAUAAAUCAUUUAGAGGUAUACCCAAUGGCGAUGGUGGGAAGGAUGAUUUUGAUGCAGAAGAGUAUGAGACACAUGCCACUGUUUUGGAUAAGUUACUAGCAUGGGAGAAAAAGUUAUACGAGGAAGUGAAGGCUGCUGAGCUUAUGAAGCUUGAGUAUCAGAGGAAGGUUGCCCUUUUGAGCAAGCUGAAAAAACGCAGUGCUAGUUCUGAGUCGUUAGAGAAGACGAAAGCUGCGGUUAGUCAUUUGCAUACAAGAUACAUAGUUGACAUGCAGUCUUUGGAUUCAACGGUCUCGGAAGUAAAUCACAUACGUGAUGAUCAAUUGUAUCCAAAACUUGUUGCUCUGGUUCAUGGAAUGGCCAAGAUGUGGGAAUCCAUGUGCAUACAUCACGACAACCAACUGAAGAUCGUCACAGACCUCAAAUCUCUUGAUGUUUCAGGAGCUCCCAAGGAAACCAGCAAACAUCACUAUGAGCGCACUGUCCAGCUUUGGAACGUUGUUCAAGAAUGGCAUUUGCAAUUUGAGAAGCUUGUGACUAAUCAGAAACAAUACAUCCAAGCCCUUAAUAGCUGGUUGAAGUUAAAUCUCGUCCCCAUUGAGAGCAGCUUGAAAGAGAAAGUGUCGUCACCGCCAAGAAUCCAGAAUCCCCUGAUUCAACCCCUCCUCCAUUCCUGGCAUGACCAUCUGCAGAAGCUUCCUGAUGAGCUAGCCAAAAGUGCAACUUCCUCCUUUGCUGCUGUGAUAAAGACCAUCAUUGUUCAUCAAGAGGAAGAAAUGAAGCUGAAGGAAAAAUGUGAAGAAACCAGGAAAGAGUUCUUGCGUAAGAGCCAGGCAUUUGAGGAUUGGUAUCAGAAGUACAUUCAACGUAGAACUCCACUUGAUGAAACAGAUCCCGAUAGAGUUGCAGAAGCUAAUCCCAAAGACCCCAUUUUGGAGAGGCGGAUUGUGGUGGAGAGCUUGAAGAAGAGGUUAGAAGAGGAAAUUGAAGCUCACCAAAAGCACUGUGUUCAGGUGAGAGAGAAGUCAUUGGGCACUCUCAAAAUUCGGCUGCCUGAGCUCUUCCGUGCUAUGUCAGACUACUCGCAUUCUUGCUUGGAUGCUUAUAAAAGUUUGAGACUAGUCACACAAUCACAGAACCCCAACGGUGGUCGUUCAUGA